GUCAACAACAACAUCGCCCUCCUCUCCCAACGUCAACAACAACAUCGCUAUCCCAACGUCAACAACAACAUCGUCCUCCCAACGUUAACAACAUCAUCGCCCUCCUCUCCCAACGUCAGCAACAACAUCGCCCUCCUCUCCCAGCGUCAACAACAACAUCGCCCUCCUCUCCCACCGCCUCCACGACAACAGCUGGCCCAGCGCUGGACACACGGCCAGUGGACCGGCCAACUUAGUGUCGGCCCCCCCUGCCUGCCUUUCCUGCCUUACCUGUCUGUGUGCCUGCCUGCCUUACCUAUCUGCGUGUCUGCCUGCCCGCCAGACAACCUGUUGGACGGACCGCUUUGCCCGCCUUUCCUGCCAGUCACUUGUUGCUGUUGUACUGCCCGGCUGCUUCACAGACACCCCGUGUUGUUGUUGGGACUGCCUCACGAGCAGCCAUUCACACGCAUAGAUAGCCCAAAGAGUGUGGUUCGGACUGGCUGCCAGCAAACACAGACACCCUGUCCGUGGAACGUGUUAAUCCUGCCUGCCUACCAGCCCAGUUACUGGACUGUACCACUCAUUGCCACUGAGACGCCAAGCAAGCCAACUGCUUGGACAGCCAGACAUUUUCAGUUUGGGCGACCUGUUGUGCUGCUGCUGGACUGCCUUGCCAGCUUAACACCCAGACCAGCAAUUGGCCUGCCUGUUGUACAGUUUUUCUGCCAGAUAACCACUCCGUACCACCUGAAAGUGAGUCUGUUGAGCUACAUUAAUUGAUUGGUCUGUCUCUUCGUAACCUGAAUGACCAGCCAGACAGACAUAUAGCCAUCCAGUCGCCGUUUAUUCACCAGCCUGUCAGAAGACAUCCUAUUGGCCUGCCUGAUUUGUUCACUGACGGACGUGCCACAGUCAGCCACGGAGCCCGCUUGUGUGACGUGCCAAUGGAAGAGGGGGACAAGUCCUUUGGUUUUGGCAGCUACGAGGGCCACGAGGAGGCGCAGAAGGCCCUCGAUGCGAUGAACGCCAAGGCGAAGGAGCUUAACGGGAGCCGGGUCAUGUACGGGGCCCGUGCCUCCAAGGCUGCGGCCGAGGGUGAGGCGGUGGCGGUGGCCAAGCUGGAGCGACAGUUCGAGAUGCUCAAGCAGGAGCGCAGGAGCAAGUACCUGGGCGUGAACCUGUACGUGAAGAACCUGGACGAGUGCAUCAACGACGAGAGGCUGCGCAAGGAGUUUGCGCCGUACGGCAACAUCACGAGUGCCAAGGUGAUGGUGAACAGGGGCGGCGAGUCGAAAGGCUGCGGCUUCGUGUGCUUCUCCAUGCCCGAGGAGGCCAUCAAGGCCAUGACGGAGAUGGACGGGAAGGUUGUGGGCUCGAAGCCGAUGUACGUGGCGCUGGCCCAGCUGAAGGCUGAGCGUAACCUCCAGAACCUGGCCUCUCACCUGAACAAGCACGGGUUCUACGCGGGCAGCGGGCACAGGAGGUCGGAGAGCGAGAUGGAGCUCAACGGGGAGUAUGAGGUACCCAAGCAGGACGGCAAGAACAAGUUCCAGGGCGUGAACCUGUACGUGAAGAACCUGGACAGCAACAUCAACGACGAGAGGCUGCGCAAGGAGUUCUCGCCGUUCGGCACCAUCACGAGCGCCAAGGUGAUGGUGAACAAGACGGGGGAGUCCAAGGGCUGCGGCUUCGUGUGCUUCUCCACGCCCGAGGAGGCCAUCAAGGCCAUGUCGGAGAUGGACGGCCGCAUCGUCGGCUCCAAGCCCAUGUACGUGACGCUGGCGCAGCUGAAAGGGGAGCGCAGGAUGCAGCAGCUGGCGACUCACCUCAGUGAGCAUGCGUUCCACGUGGGUAGCAUGCACAAAAAGGCGGUGCUCGAGAUGGAGCUCGGCGGCCAUGACGUGCUCAGGCACAAGUGCACGAGCAAGUUCCAGGGCGUCAACCUCUACGUCAACAACCUGGACCCCAACGUCAACGAUGAGCGGCUGUGGAAGGAGUUCUCCCCCUUUGGCACCAUCACCAGUGCCAAGGUGAUGGUGAACAGGAGCGGCGAGUCCAAGGGGUUUGGCUUCGUGUGCUUCUCGUCGCACGACGAGGCCUCCAGGGCCAUGAUGGAGAUGGACGGGCAGGCGCUCGGAUCCAAGCAGCUUUACGUGGCGCUGGCCCAGCUCAGGACGGAGCGCAACCUCCACUUGCCUCACCUCAACGGGCGGGCGAUCUGCGUGGGCCAUCUUCACAAGUCGGCGGAGGAGCUGGAGCUGGAGCGACAGUUUGAGUCGCUCAAGCAGGACCGCAGGAACAAGUUCCAGGGCGUGAACCUGUACGUGAAGAACCUGGACGAAGGCAUCAACGACGAGAGGCUGCGCAAGGAGUUCUCGCCGUUCGGCAACAUCACGAGCUCCAAGGUGAUGGUGAACAGAAGCGGCGAGUCGAAAGGAUGCGGCUUCGUGUGCUUCUCCACCGUCGAGGAGGCCACCAAGGCCAUGAUGGAGAUGGACGGCCGCAUCAUUGGUUCCAAGCCGCUCUACGUCACCCUGGCGCAGCUCAAGGCUGAUCGCAACCUCCAGCACCGAGUCCCCCACCUGAACGAGCACGAGUUCUACGCGGGCAGCGGGCACAGGAGGUCGGAGGGCGAGAUGGAGCUCAACGGGGAGUACGAGGUGCCCAAGCAGGACGGCAAGAACAAGUUCCAGGGCGUGAACCUGUACGUGAAGAACCUGGAUGGCAACAUCAACGACGAGAGGCUGCGCAAGGAGUUCUCGUCGUUCGGCACCAUCACGAGCGCCAAGGUGAUGGUGAACAAGACGGGGGAGUCCAAGGGCUGCGGCUUCGUGUGCUUCUCCACGCCCGAGGAGGCCAUCAAGGCCAUGUCGGAGAUGGACGGCCGCAUCGUCGGCUCCAAGCCUAUGUACGUGACGCUGGCGCAGCACAAGGUGGAGCGCAAGGUGGAGCUGUCGUCCUCGCAGUACGUGCAGCACGUGGGUGGCGUGCGCAUGGUGGCGCCGAGCACCACCAUCAUCGGGCAGUAUCAGCCGGCGACCACCUCUGGAUACUUUAUGACGACGUUGUCACAAGCGCAGGCCCGCACGCCGUACUACCCGCCGUCCCAGAUGGUGCCCGUGCGCUCCAACCCCUGGUGGCUCCUGCCAGUGCAGCCCCAGGGAGCCCACACCGCCCACGCUCACGCCGCCCAUGCCCACGCCACCCAUGCCCACGCCGCCGCCGCCGGCUUCCAGGCGAUGCCGGGCUCCAUCCGCCAGGCGUCGCCCGGCGCCACGGUGAUGCACCAGGUGAACGCGGCCGAUGUGUCGCAGGGCAUCGAUGCCGCGCACGUCCUCUCCCAGGGCAUGAUGGCGCGCCCCUCUUUCUCCAACCAGGUCACCGGACUACAAGUGCCGACCUACAAGUACACGAGGGGCAUGCAGAACCUAUAGUGGCCCGGCAUGUGCGUCGGCAAGGCCUUGCAUUUUCAAACACUUGGAAAAAGUCCGAGCCCCACCAACACCACCACUCAGUCUCCUGCCUACCAGGUUUUUGCAAAAUACAUGGAAAAAGUUGAGAUAGCGGCUUAGGUCAUGGACUGAGAGUUUGACUGUCAGAAAGCUGAAGUCGGUGGGAGAGUUGAAUUGCUCACCGGCCACUGCUUUUGGCUUGGAGUUCCGCAAAACGUGGUCAGGCUCGGCGGUCAGAUGGGAGUGGACCAGACUCUUCGGGAUGCUCCUCGCACAACGGGGAAGCCUCAAAAGUGGCGCACGGGCAGGGUCCGCUCCUCGCUUCCACGCUGCACGCAUCGUCAGCACCGCAGGACUUGGAGUGGAUGCCCCGAGGAUGGGGGGGGGAGCACGCCGCUCGCUCCCUCCCGCCUGGUCUCGCCCGAGGCCCGUGGAGUCGAAGCAACGAGAGGCGGAAAAUAGGGGGCCUUGAGAAAGGCCACUUUAGGGACGGUUUUCCUAGCUCCUUCGAAGAACACUUAAGGUGUGGGGGGGGGGGGGUGCUGGCUCUCCAUCUCAGUGGCCGCAGUGUUUGUUUUUGUUAACGACCGCGGUCAGAAAACACAUUCACCUCAAUGCAACACCAGCAGUCGAAUUAGUGUUUGUAGCCAAGUGAUUGUUAUGGAUGUGGUCGGUGUCAAACGUCCUUGUUUCAAUCGUGAAUGCUUUUGGCUUUCACGAAUAAUGUCUAGCCUGGUUGAAAGUGUCAGUCAAUGGAGCCACAUCAGGCUCCAUGUACCCAGUUUUCUGUACCUUGGUCACUUUUUAAAACAAGUUUUGACAAGUGCAGUUUUUUAAUGUGACAUUUCAACCUAAGUAUCUUUUUUAUUUUUAAACCACUGUCCAACCUUAGUCCGAAAGCAAGCUCCGUGAGCUUUAAGAGGCGAUGUAGUGAGUCCACUGAGGUAGUCACCAGGCCGAGCUACCCACCAGGGUGCAAGGGAUCCACAUUUACCAGUUGCAGUGAGUGUGACAUGUAACGACUUGAUUUGUAAACAUUGCACCUUGGUGGUUUGUAAGGACUAGAGUUUCAGAAUCCCUGAUAGUCGGUGCUUACAAUUAUAGGACUUGUCCUCAUGAGGCUAUUAUUGAGUUCAAGGAGUGAUGGGGAGGGGGGUGAUUGUUUUACACCCUCAACGCACCCCCACGGAAAAGUGGUGUUUUCCACAGUUAAUUGCCAACACGUGCCACACCCUCCAGGGUGGCACACACAACAUAUCCACGACAGACCAAGCCACAUUUGGCCACCCAACAACAAAAACAGCCAACCUUUCUUUUUGCUUUGAAAACCCCCCUCCCUUUAACAUCGGUCACGCCACGACUGUCGGCAAUCGUUUUGUUGCGUAUCUUCUUUUUUGUUAACAUUGCAACGGAAUCAUGUGAACGUAUAACAGCCUGAGAGGAAGUUUGUCUUUAUUUGCCGGCGUCUCUAAUAACUGGUCUGUGCUGUACCGUUUUAUCCCCCCCCCCCGUAUGCGUCUGCCGUGCAAAGUGAUUCUUGACGGGAAAAAAAAUCUAUAAUAAAACUUUACACA